AUGGCUCCUCACGCCGCCCCUCAGCUUCUCCCGCCGCUGGAUGACCCUCAGUCGUCGCUGUCGAAGAAGUUUGGCCGUGAGACCAUCAAUUACUUUGCCGGGAACCCCGUCAACCGCCUGUCAUGGCUGCGCACCGAUUUCGGGUUUCUCAGGACGGCCUUCCAGCUCGAGGAAACUCGCUUCCUCGCCUUGAAGAAUCUCACACCCCUGGUCGAUGACCCGAACACGCUGUCUCCUCUGACGUACAAGGACCUCGCCCCGGUCACCGGCGAGGACCCCUUUGGACCCUCGGAGGACGAUCUCAUCAAGAAUUUUGACUCCAACGAGAACCGUCCCGUCGUCCUGUUCCUCGGUCUCCUCGAUGACGGCAGUGUCCCGUUCGAGUACAAGGGUCACAAGGGCCGCCCCUACUUCGCCGUCGACGUGACACCCCACGGCACCUACGCUGCCGCUGCUCAGACCUUCAUCGACGAGCAGCAGGCUCGUGGCAGAAAAUUCCUUGAGGCGAGGAUACACCUCUCCCUCGAUGCCCGAUCAGUUCUGCGGGCGGCUGCGGCGCGCGCACCCUCUCAGGCCACGCCGGCUUCAAGCGCAUCUGCCCGCCGACGGACCGCGCCACCGCCGCCUCCGGCACCCCGCGCGCCGACUGCCCCACCCGCACCGGCAUCUCGAACCUCAGCUUCCCGCGUACGGACCCCACCAUGA